AUGACCGCUGCCCGUAAUAUAGCAGCGACAAGCUCUCUUAUCCACCUUACACCCUCUGGAAACCCUCCUACUAGUGUUCAACAUCGAUGGCAUAGCUCGAGGCCUUCUUCGAGCGAGAGCGUCUCCUGGCCCCAUGCAGUCGCGUCUUCCGAGACCCUCACUCAUCUCAAGUCCGCCUUCCGCGCCCACGCGUCCCGACUCCCUUCAACCUAUGGCGACACUGGUGAUACCCCCUCCGAAACAGGCUACGUCCAUGAAUUUAUUGCUCACGUUGAGAAGACAUUCCCGCGGACGAAACGCGCGACCCACGCCAUGUGGGCUUGGCGCGGUUCCUCCCCGUCGAAGCGGACGACUGGGACCGCUGACGGCUCUCGAGCAGCCUCUGUCUCUAGUGGCUCCUCGGAUGGUGGAGAGUCUGGCGCAGGCGAGCGUCUCUCGCGCCUCCUCGAGCUAUCGGGCUGCGAGGACGUCGUCCUCGUGGUCUUCCGCUGGUACGGCGGCGUGAAGCUCGGUUCGGACAGGUGGAAGUGCAUCUCGUCCGUGGCCAAGGAGGCGCUGGAGCUCGGUGGGUUUGGUUUAUGGGGGAAGACGGAGGAUGCGAACAACGAACAGCGCUCUAAGGGGAAGGGAAAGAAGGGGAAGCGGGAAAAGAAGUGA